AUGGGCCGUUCCCUAGUAAAAACCGCCCUUGGCAAUAACGACCUCGUAGCAGCCGUCGGACGCACCUACGAGAAUAGCCCAGCAGCAAUGAAAGAGCUCGAAUCCCCCAACUGCAUCGGGCUACUAUGCGACGUACGAGCACGCGAGACCGUAAAACGCGUAAUCGACCAAACAAUAUCGCACUUCGGCCGAAUCGACAUAAUCGCCAAUUGCUCCGGCUACGGCGUCAUCGGCGCCUGCGAAGACCAAGAUGAAUUCGACAUCCGAAACCAAUUCGAAACAAACUUCACAGGAACACUGAACAUGAUCCAGCUAUCUUUACCGCAUUUCCGUCACCGUCGCGCAGGCAGAUAUCUCAUCUUCAGCUCGACCUCUGGUGCUCUCGGCGUGCCGGGGCUCGGCCCAUACUGUGCUUCCAAAUAUGCCGUCGAGGGCUUGAUGGAGAGUAUGUUGUACGAAGUGGAUAGCUUUAAUAUUAAGGGUACCCUUGUUGAACCGGGUCAUAUGCGUCGGGAUGAUAUCGCGGAUUUGGUUUCGCCGCAGGUGCCCAACCCUUCGGAACAUCGGCUUUCUGCGCCUUUGCCGCUUUACGGUCAUUUCUUGGUUAAGCCGCCCAGUGAGCCGUAUAAUACGACUACGUCGCCUGCGGCACAUGCCCGCCGCAUGCUUAUGUGGCUUGGUGAUAAGCAGCCGGCUAGUGCUGUUAAGGCGGCGCAUUUGGUUUGGCAGCUUGGGCAUUGCUCUUAUCCGCCUCUGAGGUUGAUUUUGGGUACAUAUGCGGUUGAGAGUGUGCGGGAUCGGUUGAAGUGUAUUAUUGAGGAGAUUGAGGAUUGGAAAUAUCUUAGUUUCCCCGUGGGUGAUGCACAGUUGCCGGUUAGAAGUGAGCGUGAAAGGUCUUCGUUUCAGGAGGGGACUGAAGGGGGAGUGAAUUGGGUAAUGGGUGAUUCUGUUGGAAUAUUUUCAAUGUCUUAUAUGUUAUAUGAUACCCAAUAUGAUACAUGA